AUGCCUCCUGAAGGAAGCACAGGAUCACAUUGGAAUCUCUGGAAGACCUUACAUGCUUCUGCAGGCUACGAUCCUCGUCCUCGGUCUAGCCUUUUCCUGCACCCCCCUUCCCACCCUCCACCCCUAUCCCCUGCCCCCAUUCCCCCUCCCCAUUCUCUGCCCCCAUGCGCCGCCCCCAUUCUCCACUCCGCUCCCAUCUCCCUCCCAUCCCCCAUCCCCACCGUGGGUGGAAAAGUGGGUCCUCUGGAAGGGUGUGUGAUGGUGGUGGACCUUGGGAGUGCUCAACAAGGCGCCAUGGGCUGCUUCUCCAGCAAGGCGAUCAGCGAUCCAUACGAUGUCACUGCGGCUGCAAAAGCCACUGCGCCGAAACCCUCGGCCGGCGGCGCGCGGAACUCGGAGGUGUCUGUUCCGCGGAUGACGAUCGCGGACUUCAAGGCGAUGACCAACAACUUCAACCCUUCGAGCAUGCUGGGCGAGGGCUCCUUCGGUCGCGUGUACCGCGGCGACCUUAACGGGCGCGCCGUGGCGAUUAAGAAGCUCGACGCGGGGUCGCAGCCAGAGGACGAGUUCCUAGACGGGGUGGCAGUGGCGAGCAAUCUGCGGCACUCAGGCAUGGUGGAGCUCAUGGCCUUCUGCUGUGACGGCCCGCAGCGAGUGCUCGUGUACGAGCUCGCGGAACAUGGCAGCCUGCACGACAUCCUGCACGGCCGGAAGCUAGCAAUCAAGACGGACGAAGCGCCCAUCACGCUCUCCUGGCAGCAGCGCAUGAAGAUUGCUCUGGGAGCGGCGACAGGACUGGCCUAUCUGCACGAGGAGGCAAACAUGGUGCACAAGGGUGUGAAGUCUAGCAACGUGCUGGUGUUUGAUGACUUCACCUCCAAGAUCGCGGAUUUCAAUGUGGCGAACGAGGCCCCGGACCAGGCGUCCCGUCUGCACUCCGCCCGCGUGCUGGGCACGUUUGGGUACAACGCACCUGAGUAUGCGACGGUGGGGCAGCUGACGCAGAAGAGCGAUGUGUACAGCUUUGGCGUGGUGCUGCUGGAGCUGCUCACAGGGCGCAAGCCCGUGGACCAGAACAUGCCACGCGGCCAGCAGUCGCUCGUUCAAUGGGCCACACACGGGAGGCUAGCAGAGGACAGAGUGAAGCAUUGUGUGGACCCCAAGCUCAAAAGCGCAUUCCCUGCUAAGGCCGUGGUCAAGUUCGCAGCUCUGGCAGCGCUGUGUGUGCAGUACGAGGCGGAGUUCCGGCCGUCCAUGGGCACAGUUGUCAAGUCGCUCCUGCCGCUCACUCAAGAAGGCGCGGAUGGCGACGACUGA